UGUUUAUGGCGUUGCCACCUGCUCGCAGGCCGACCCAACAGCUGUUCAAGCAUUUAUAAGUUCGAGAAAUCCCAGAAGUUGACCCUAACUACAUAUUUGCUAAUAUCAUAAAUUCCUAGUGUGUGUGCGCCACGCAGGAGAUUUCCUUAACCACAUGCUGCAGUCUGUUCCGAAGCCGUGCCAUCGACGCACGUCCUUGAGGCCUGGGCACCUGCCGCAAUUGAUUACAACCACCUGUUGGUGCAAAUACUCCCACUCACUGUGGAACAAACAAACGCAAAUCCGCGGAACAUAGCCACGUCUUCUCCAAUCAGUCGAUUAAAUAUGCUUCACCGACAACCAUCUUAUAUGUGGACGCUGUGCGUUCAUGCGGCCUUGAUGGCCACUAUGGUCAAAGGAUCUGUUGCCCCAACAGAUAAUUUGGUCGGACGUUUACAGAAAUCGUACAACCCCAGCCAGCUGUCAGAUUCAAAGUUCCUGGAGUACAGCAUGUUGUCGGAUAAACUGCAUCUCAGAGAGGCAAUCAAUAACAUUAUGAUACCCAGGAUUGUGGGCACGGGAAACCACACCAUUGUGCGAAAUUAUAUUAAGGACAGUCUUCAAAAUCUUGGCUGGAACGUGGAGCUUGACAGCUUCCAUGAUACGGCACCCGUCAAGGGAAAGCUACAUUUCCACAACAUCAUUGCCACCCUAAAUCCCAACGCGGAGCGAUAUCUGGUGCUAGCCUGCCACUAUGAUAGCAAGUACAUGCCUGGAGUGAAGUUUCUGGGUGCCACUGACUCAGCAGUGCCCUGCGCCAUGCUCGUGAACUUGGCCCAUGUGUUCCAGGAACAACUUCUUCCGUUCACGAAGACUCCACUCAGUUUAAUGCUGCUCUUCUUCGACGGUGAGGAGGCAUUCCAAGAGUGGGGACCCGACGACUCAAUUUAUGGGGCCAGACAUUUAGCCAGGAAGUGGCAGCAGGAAGGAAAACUGGAUCGAAUCGAUAUCCUCGUGCUUUUGGAUCUCCUGGGAGCUCCAGAUCCCGCCUUCUACAGUUUCUUUGCCAAAACCGAGGGUUGGUACAUGCGAAUGCAGUCGGUGGAAACGCGUCUCGCCAAGCUACAACUUCUGGAGCGCUACGCCACCAGCGGUGUUUCCCAGCGGGAUCCUACGCGCUACUUCCAGUCCCAAGCCAUGAGCUCCUCCUACAUCGAGGACGAUCACAUACCGUUUCUCCGGCGAAAUGUACCGAUCCUCCACCUGAUUCCCGUGCCCUUUCCCAGUGUCUGGCAUACGCCCGACGAUAAUGGCAGCGUGAUUGAUUAUGCGGCGACCAACAACCUGGCGAUGAUUAUUCGCCUCUUCACUUUGGAGUACUUAAUGGGUGCAGGCGGGGACCAGUGAAUCAGAACUGGGCCUUAUCUUAACCUGACCUAAUUGAUAUCGACAAAAUGUUAUAAGUUCGGACCACCGUGAAAUCCUCGCGGAUCUAAUUGUUAACCGACUGUGUGCUUCGAGCCUACUUAAGCAGUACUGCAAUGCGCAUAAUCCAAAUAUUUGAAUACGCCUAUAUUUAUGUAAAAUAGUUAAAUCAUCGUCCUAGCCAAUGACAUCCGUAUCUGUAUAUUUUCU